AUGCUGUACACGGCGUUCUUCUGCACCUCUCCGGUGCUGCCAUCAAGAUCCUCACCGACAAGUUCAGCGGUGGUCCGUCGAUCAUCGGUGCAACAAGCGGUGGACACCCCUGCGACACCCGACCAGGCGUUGCCGCCCCGCGUCGUCAACGACACCGGCCACCGUUCGAUCGCGAAGCAUGAUGUCCGCCCUCGGGGAACCACGAUGGACGCUACGGAUGCGAUCCUGGCGUCCGCGCAAGCCGUUUCGGCGCCCAAGCCCCAACACAUGACGAAGGCGGAGAAGCGAGUCACCGUUAUCAUCGUCGGCCGCCUCAAGACGGCGAUAGACGCGAAGGAUGCAUGUGACGUUCCAGCGGUCGGUCUGCUGACCCUCUCGGUCAAGUGCGCUGCUAUCAACGCAGCAUUACGCAGCAACAAGUGCUGCCCGGCCGGUGCGGAGCGCCUCCGGGAGCUCUUGUCCCCCCUGCUGGCUAUGUGGAAGACCGCCAAGUUUGUCAUCCGGGGCUCGAAGGAAUGGGUUACUCCGGACCACCAGGCAGAGGCCUUCAACCUAAUCGGCCUCCACCUCGCCGAGUGCUACAAGGCACUCAAGCCAACCAAGACUGCGGCUGGCGCGGCCAUCUUCUGGCCCGAGGUGGCCCCUAGCAAGGGGCUGCAGGACAGGACCGCCACGUUCGCCGCGCUGUGCCAAGGGAAGGGCGAGACCACCGCGAAGCAGCAGCAACUUGAGGGUCAGCUGGCCUCCUCCUCCGCCUCUUCCCCCCUCUCUUCUCCGGACAAGAGCGGCAAGAGCAAAGUCUUCUUUGCCUACCCUUGCCACCACCGCCUCGGCAGCACAUCAAGCAGCACUGGGAGCGGCCGCACCGUGGCCCCCUCGGACAACGACGACGACGACGCCACCGGCACACUUUCGCCGUCCUCUUCUUCGCCGUCGCCAUCUACACCGUCUUCCUUCUUCUCCAUCUCCUCCUCCCACGCCUUCUCUGGGAGCGAGAACAUCACCGUUAGGCAGUCGUCGUUGUCAAGGUGGACCAAGAUCGCCAACAAGGAGGCGUCCACACUGGUGUCGACGUCGACGUCGGUCACCAUCCGCUCGUCUUCUCGAGAGGGGGUUGUGUCGCUGGGCCGGCAGAGAAAACACGCCCCGGCCAAGGUGUCCGUGUCCCCGGGCGUGAUGUUCGUGCCCUACCGCAGCCCGACCCGCCGCGCUAACCCGAGGGGCACGAGCCUGCGCGGAAGCGGCGCGAUCGCUGGUCGCAAAACCAGCUUUGACGAGGGUGGCUUGAGGUGUACGAGAUCAGGAAGAUGUACGCGUGAUAAUUAA